CUCUGAAGUCUGAAGUAGGGGGAGAGUGCGGUAGUAAAAUAGAACGCGAAAUGCCACUGCUGCUACUGCCGCCGCCGACCGCGGCGGCUGGGCCGGCGCCAGCCGCCUUCUGGCGGGCACCGCCUCCUCGGCUACGCGCGUCCGACCUCCGCCUCUUCGCCUUCCCUCGCCUGAGGAAAUACGGCCGCCGGGACCACGAGCCCGUGGCCACCAGCUUCGGCGAGGAGGAUGUUGACGACGAGGAUGCGGAGGAGGACGGCGACGACGACGGCGAGGUGGAGGUGGAGGUUGAUGAGGAUGAAUUUCUGAAGAACCGACCGAAACCGGUCGGGUUCGGCACCGGGAAGACGUACUCGACCGACGUUGAGGAGCAGCUUCUCCGGGAGAUGGGUUUGGGCGGCGGGCGGCGCAGGAGCGGGAGCGGACCAAUCCCUGCCAAUAGCCGCACGGCCGCCAACUCGGCGAAGGGAACGGGCGAAGAUGUCAAUAAUGACGGUGUCCAUGUUCGUGUUUGGAACCUGCCAAAAAAGAAAAACAUACACAAGGACCUGAAUCUUGCUUUCAAGGGAUUUCCAGGCCUCGUAAAUAUUGAGCCAGCAGUUUCUGCAAAUAAGAAAACUCGUGAUCCUAUAUGCAAGGGUUUCGCAUAUCUUAAACUGGAAUCUGUGGAGGCUGCUGCCAGGUUUGUUGAACUAUACUCCCAAAAGGAUGUGUCAUUCGGCAAGGUUCAGAAGCCAAUCAAGUGCUGUAUUGUUGAUGCUCACAGCUCGGUUGACUCCGAAAAUCAACCUUCCAGUGGACAGUCAAUCCGUCAACCCAGGUUGAAGCCCCAAAGUUUGGUGGAAGCAAGCUGAAUGACAAAAUUAUCUGUCAGUAACAACCUCUGGAGAUAGAGAACUUCCUGCCUAGCUAGUACAGAUGGUGGACGG